CUUCUUUAAACCAACCAAAACCAAAUCAGAGAGUGUUAUAGAAGAAGAUGGAGCAAAAGUACCACAUUUGUUCUUCCGGUGCUUUUCUCUUCAUCUUCAUCAUUCUGUUGACAGUCUGUUUGAGCAUUGAAGCUCAGACCUCCGGUGCAAGUCGCAAACUAGUCGGUCAAAAGUCUCCUUUGGUGUCCCAGCAGCAUACAAAGGCAACAUUGACGAUCAACAGCUUUGAGAAAGGUGGUGAUGGUGGUGGACCGUCUGAAUGUGACGGUCAAUAUCACUCUGAUAAGACCAUGAUCGUGGCAUUGUCCACCAGGUGGUACAACAAUGGGAAGAGGUGUUUUGACUACAUUACCAUAAAUGGGAAUGGAAGGAGUGUGAGAGCCAUGGUUGUUGAUGAAUGUGACUCAACAAGAGGAUGUGCUGACGACAUCGUUGAUGCCUCUAAAGCUGUUUGGAAGGCCUUGGGAGUUAAGGAAAACAGCAGGGACUGGGGUGAGAUGAAGGUAUUCUGGUCGGAUGCCUGCAAUCCAAGUGGCAAAAUCAUUGGUAGAAAUCCUCCGCUGGAUCAAUGUAACCAAGAGAACCAGUCUGAGUGUUGUAAAAGAGGAAAGCUUUACACAACUUACAAAUGUUCACCACAGGUGUCUCAGCGCACGAAAGCAACCUUGACUAUCAACAGCUUCCAGAAAGGUGGUGAUGGUGGAGCACCAUCCGAGUGUGACGAUAAAUACCAUCCAGAUAACACCCCCGUCGUGGCAUUGUCAACAGGGUGGUUCAGCAACCGGAGGAGAUGCUUAGACUACGUUAUGGUCUAUGGUAAUGGAAAAAGUGUCAAGGCCAGGGUUGUUGAUGAGUGUGAUUCCUCAAUGGGAUGUGAUUCUGAUCAUGAUUAUCAGCCUCCAUGUCCUAACAAUAUAGUCGAUGCCUCUAAAGCUGUGUGGAAGGCAUUGGGAGUGCCGGAAAGCGACUGGGGUGAAAUGGAAGUACAAUGGUCUGAUGCCUGA